AUGAGUUCACAGGAGAAAAAAAAAGAUAUCAAAUUAUUUAAUUGUGGUUCUCUGAAAGUAACAGAUAACCAGAUUUUUUUUAUAAACCCGGGCUUAUGUGUUCGCAAAACACAUAAGCCCGUUAAAGAUGUAAAACCAGUGGUGGAAACAGCUAGAGGAAAAACAUAUGUUAUUGAGAAGCUAUUGCACAAAUACAUUACCACCAAUCUAAAAAACAGUAUAUUGGUUGCACAGGACAUAACAAAACUGGUGAAAGAGUUGCAAGAUCUCUUGUUAAUGGAUGAAGAAAAAAGGACGGUUAUGGACUACGAGAAUCUACUGUCGAGGAGGCUACCGUUGGAUUUGAAAUUAGCGGCGAAUUCGUCUCAGUUCAGAAACGGAUGUGAUAACGAAGUAGAAGUUAAUGAUUCGAAAGAGCAAGUCUCAUGUGAUCAAAAAGAAGUCACCGUGAAGGAUUCUGUAGAAGUGAUAGUACAAUACAUAUUAUUUUGGAUCUGGCAGCACGUAAGAGAAGAGAAAAAGCAAAAUUGUCUUCUUCUUUCAGGACAAACUCUUAAGCAGAGGUGGCAAAGAAAGAAAAGCAAACUUACUUUGCAUCCGUGCCUGAGCCUGUUAGGCAAAUGUAUGCAAAUUAAGACAGUGCCGAGCUGCACUAAACGUUAAAUAAAAGGCGACACAUCGACUACAGAGGGGAGAGUAGCAUCUGGCAACGACGGUUGGCGAGACGUCUGUGAUCACUUAGCGGAAGCCGUAUAUUUUGGCUGUUGGAUCCUUCUGCGAUGGAGAUGAAAACGUUUUCUUUGAAUUGAUAUUAUAAGUACGAUUUUUUUGAAUUAUUGAUUUUUUGUUGUUGCUUUCACUUAUUCAACUAAC